AUGAUGACCCGGCCACACCACGGCCGAGGACGACGACCUGCAUGGCUCGGCGCGAUGCUGGCUUCUCUGCUGGCGAUGGUCGUGCUGCUGAGCACAUCCGGGCAGGCGUAUCAGGUGCUCAUCUCGAGCGACGACGCGAUCAGGCAGGUCUGCAACGGCAUGUUUGCCGGCACGGCACAACAUCCGGCCUAUAUCGAAGGUGAGUGGUCUCGGUCUCACAAGUGCCGCCGCCCACUGGUGCUGACACCCGCUUCAUUCCACUUUCACUCGGCUGGAUCGAACUCUAAAAUUGGGCGCCACGUCCGUCAACCGAAUCACGCCAACGCUCGUCGACUGCGCACCCCACUCCAUCCACUCCCACAAUGCUGCAUCCCGUCAGUCAUCUUCAAGCCCUCGUCCAAGGGACAACUCGCGCUCGUCGUGUACGAGUGGAAGGAUGCCGCACACCUCGGAGUCGACCAACAGAGCCAGGCAAGCCCGGACACGGACAAGGCAUGGUCCACCGAUGUCAGUUCACGUACACUCGGAUACGGCUCAAGUUUCUAGGACUAAAUCUUCCUUCAAUCCCACACAGCGAGUUUACAUCUGCACACUCGCCGCCGUCCAAGCAAAAGUCUGCACCGAAGCCGAGCUCGGCACCUUCAUCACCACACCGCCCUCCCUCGCCUCGAGCGACCCCAAAGCGAGCAUAUUCACCGUCUCGGUCCGCUUCGACAACCCCAACACCGAGGAUGACCCGUGGUCCCUGAACCGGUAUCGCUACGAGGUCUCCAAGACCGGCUACUACUGCGUAGGAUCGGUACCCGUCGCGCUCGAGCAGUCCUCGUACAACAGCUCCUACAUCGGCGUCGUCGACUUUGAGAACACCUUUGGCGGCAACCUCCCCGCUUCCGAGUACCCCAAAGUGUUUGUGAGUAUACCUGUCGCUUCCGCACCCUCGUCGAGGACUGAGCUGAUGUAGAUGAGGAGCGUUCUCGCCGCAGUUCUACUUCAUCCUGUCGAUGAUUUACCUCGGCUUUGCCGCGAUCUGGCUCGUCCUGUGCUACCAACACCGACGCGCCCUCUUGCCCAUCCAGACCUACAUCACCGCGACGAUCGUGUUCCUCGUCAUCGAGAUGUUUGCCGUCUGGCGCUACUUUGCCUACGUCAAUGACAAGGGCCAUCCGGGCGUUACGGUCGCGUACCUCAUUUUCAUCACCGCCUUGAACGCGUUCCGCAACUCGGUCUCGUUCUUCAUCCUCCUCAUCGUCUCGAUGGGCUACUCGAUCGUUCGACCGACCCUCGGCAGCACGAUGAUGCGCGUGCGCUUGCUCGCCAUGAUCCAUUUCGUCUUUGGCUCGCUCUACUCGGUCGGCACGGCCUCUUUCCUGUUCGAUGACCCGGGACAGAGCUCUGGCAUUGACAUGUAAGUGUGCAAUCAGAUAAAAGUAGGACAACUUGCGGUGACACUGACGACUCAUGGUCUCUGUACGAUCCCAGGUGGCAAAUUCUAUUCUGCGUGAUCCCUCUCUCGCUCUCACUCACGACCUUCCUGAUGUGGAUCCUUUGGUCACUCAACACCACCAUCGCCGAUCUACAAUCGCGUCGUCAAUCCUUCAAAACGAACAUGUUCGUCAAGCUGUACCGCAUCCUCAUGUUCAGCGUCAUCAUCGUUUUCGUCUUCUUCGUCAUCUCCGCUCUGUCGUUCUCCUACCGCCUCAACGACGAUUUCGCCCCCGAUACGUGGCGGUAUCAAUGGAUCUUGGUCGACGGGUGGUUGUCGAUCUUGUACAUGAUCGUUUUCUUAUCCGUCGCUUGGAUCUGGAGACCGACGUCGAGGAACCGUCGUUUGGCACUCUCGGACGAAGUACCGACCGACGAGUUGGACGCAGAACAUUACGACGUUGAUGCGAUCUCCCGUGGUGAUCACGAAGGUGACGAAGAUGAUGAUGAUCAUGACGAAGACGACGAGAACUUGGCGUUGAAGAGGAUGGGAAACCGAGACGAUGAUGGUAGAGUCGUCUUUGACGUAGGAAGUGACGAGGAUGAGGAAGAGGCGAUUGGGGGGAGAAGGAGAUCGGAGAGGAGAAGUGGGGAAGAGGCGAGGUUGAACCGACGCGAGGACGAUUCGGAUGGGGAGGGGGAUAUUUCGGGCAAUCGGCAUGAGAGGAAUAGUUCUUCGGGGAGCAGUCACCGCAGUGGUCCGCCAAAGUAUUCGCGUCGGGAUUGA